AUCGUAAUAUAAAUAUUAAAAAUGAUUUGAAGAAAUUAUAUUCGUCUAAAAGUGAAAGUGGAUUUAAUGAUUAUGCAUUUUAUGCAGAGAGAUUUUUCGAAGUUAUUACUGGAUAUAAUAGUGAACCUGAUUAUUUAUCAGAUAUUGAUAAUCAGGAUAAAAAUGAAGAAAAUAAAAAUGAUAUUCAUAAUAAUAAUAUUAUUAAAAUUAGUAAAAAAAUGAAAGAAAAUAUAAUAAAUGAUAAUAAUAAGGAAAAAUGUAGUAAAGAAAAUCAAACGAAUAAAGGUAAUAAAGUUAAAA